GUUGCUUUGGUCAAACAAAAAUUGUAUGGUUUUUUUUUUUCAUUUUGGAUGACUAGAUUAGAUUUGACAUUCUUAUAUAAUCUCACAUUGUAUAAUAAAAAUAACACCAUCAGAAGAAUAACGUAACAUUCUACAUCAACACUUUUCUUCCUGACAGCAGGUUUGUGGUCAGUUUGAUGAACAGGAUAAGGAACUUAUGACACACCCCACCUCUUUGCAUUACAAGCACCCUGACUGGAGCACAGUUCAGUUGCGGAUAUUGCAGAGUAACAGCAACACGCACCAUGAUGAACUUCACUUUGAUAGCCGCUUUGAGUCUCUGCAGCGUUAGCUGGAUCUCUGCCUCAGUCUCUCAGUCUCAGACUGUGGAGGCUCAGUCUGGUGAAGGAGUCACACUGUGGUGCAACAACACCUACAACAAUGGUGCGGUGAUCUUCUGGUUCAGACUGGUCGACAGAACCGAGGUCAGCUGUGUCUCUGUCAUGAUCCACUCCAAAGAAGCUAAAUACUGCGAAGGAUUUCAAAAUGGGAAAUUUGAAAUGAGAAGCAGCAACAACACUGUCUCUCUCAAAAUGCAUUUUGUGGUUAAAUCUGAUGCAGGACUGUAUUUCUGUGGAUUUUACACUAGUGGAAUUAUCACUUUCAGUGUCACACGUUUAAAUGUCAAAGGCAGCAAUGAGCCACCUGGUGACGAGGACAGUGGAGAUAAAAGAGAGUCUGACGGAAUAGCAAUGCUGACAAGUGUGAUCCUGGGUGCUCUGACUGUUGUCCUCGUCCUGGUCAUCAUCGGUCUGGUUGUUAAAGUCAGGAAACUUCAGACAGCUCUUGAGGAAAACCAGAAUCCAGAGCAACGAAAGAAUGUGGGCCAUGAUGAUGACGUGAACUACGCAGCAGUGACAAUUCGACCGAAAGCAAAAAGAAGACAGCAGGAGCCAAAUGUUAUCUAUGCUUCAACCAGAUAGACUCAGGAGGCAACUGGAGCUGAUGCUCUAUUAUAUGAAAAUGCUUUGAGCUUUUGUAUGCCAUGUUGGUGACAGCAGUUACCAUUCCAGCCAAGCUGUUUUCUCACGCAAU